GUGUCGACGUUGAAAUUUAAGUUGGACCAUGAAAAUCGACUCUAUUGACCAUCUAUUUACCCAUCUCUGAUAUUAUUUUGAAAUACACAAUUUAUGAGUGUAAACGGAGUAAUUAAUGCUUCAACUCAUAUGUUCCAACAUUUUGUUAUGAUGUGGUCCAUCGGUAUAUCAGAUUCGCGUAACAGAGAAAGUAUGGGAAUGCGUGAUUUAUUUAUCUGCGGUCAAUGGGGUCAUAAUUAAUGCGUCCUCUACAGUUGGUUACUAUAGAAUACCGGUAGAGGGUACUGAAUGCCACGUUAUAUCGGAAGACUGGAAGGGUGAUUCGUUUGACAUAUACUUAAUCAGGUUUCACGCCUAUUUUCCACUGUGGAAAUAAAGUCAACUGGAGUUAAGUUUUCAUUACAUACUUGCAGGAUGAAACGUGGAGCAUUAUUAGUUUUGGAAGGAUGCGAUCGAGCUGGAAAAUCUACACAAGUUAAAAAACUUGUAGGGGCUUUAAAUGAUUAUGGAAUUCCUACCGAAGCCAGAGUCUUCCCAAAUAGAAAAACAGAAAUAGGACAAAUGAUUUCACGUGUUUUAACGAAUAAAAUGGAACUUCCACUAGAAGCAGCGUAUCUAUUGUUUUCUGCAAAUCGAUGGGAAUGUAGUAAAGAUAUUAUAGAUAGUCUGGAAGCUGGUAUAACACUUGUAGUUGACAGGUAUGCUGCAUCGGGUGCAGCAUAUGCUGCUGCAACCACUGACUUGGAUAUUUCUGUGUGUAAAACAUGUGACACUGGUCUCCCACAACCCGAUGCUGUCUUUUUACUUGAGUUAAGCUCAGAAACGCAAGUUAAAAGAAGCAAGUUUGGAGAAGAAAAAUUUGAACGUGAGCAAAUACAGAAGAGGGUUGCUCAAAAUUUUAAGGAACUUAAAGAUGACUCAUGGACAAUAAUAGAUGCAAAUGGUGACAUUGAAACAAUACAUAAAACUCUAUUAAAAGAGGCACUGAAAAUUGUUUCUGCGGUUAAUAACAAUCCAAUAAAACAGUUGUACUUAAAAUAAGUCUGAUGAUACCUAAUUUGUUUUAAACAGUGUUUCUGUACAUUACUAAGUUUAGGAAGUGAAUUGAAUCGGCAUUUUGUGAAUGAUUUUGUUAUAAAAAUAUAAACAUGCAAUGAAGCAUAUUACUUUAAGCGUGCGUAAAUUUAUAAUGUCAUUUACAGCUGGUGCGUUUUAUAAAAUUAAUGACUUCAUACAAAGGCACAAUGAGUAAUAAACCGAGCCUGUUCUAUUCAUAAUUAUGAUUAAAUUUUAUAAUACGUUGGCUUACCGAAAAUUCGUUCAUACAGGUCUCUCGUUUUGUUCGUUCGCAAUGGAUGAUAUCAGCCUCCAGCAUUUCUUAAAGGUUUAGAAAAUAACCUGUUUAACUUCAUCCAUUGUUUUUCUCUUUUUUCUCUCAUUAAAUUACGCCAAGGUACAAUAAUUAGCCAACUUUGUUUCCUAUUCUGUUAGCUUUAUGUAAUUUAACCCUUUAAUUUAGCCGCAUUCCUUAUAAAUGUACACGCGUAAAACUAAUUAAAACAGUGCGAAAAGUUACCGAAAA